AUGGACAUUAAAAAGAUUCUUAAGCCAACUCUAGGAGAUAUUAACACCUUCAUGCCAAGCACAUUGGUACAUUCGAUCUUCAAUGGAGAUUGCGUCAUCUGGAGUGAUGAGUCAAAGUUUAUGCUUUUUGACAAUGGUGGAAAAACUAGAAUAGGAAAGUAUCCUAAAGGAAGCUACUUCAAUUCACAUGAGCUUUCGAAGUUGGAUACUGCUAUCCGUGUGGAACGAAGCAAUAUCCUGGCUGAAAUUUUCAAGACUCAUUGCAUGUCAAUUCCUAAUUGCAUACACGAGAUGAAGAGGGUUCAUGGAGGGCAUGAGUUGCUAAGUGAAAGAAGAUCAACUAAACUAAGAAGGCUACAGUGGUCCCUCGAUAAUUUCAAGGUCAAGGCGGGGACUAAGCGCCUUGAAAUUAUCGAAGAAUGA